UCAUUUCCUGGUUGAGGGCAGACGCUUUUAGCCGACAAAUUGGAAGAACAAAGUAGGUCUGAAAUGGACAACUUGGAUCAGGACGAGAAAAAAUAUGACCCCCACGACGCCACGCUGAGCUUCGUGGACAGACCUGAUGACCUGGACCCUCCAUUCAGUGAUGAUGAUGAUGAUGAAGAUGAGGGUCUUCGAGCUGAAAUGUCCUGUGGACACGCUGUCACUCCACAGUCUCUGACUGGCUGGUGUCGCAGCCUGCUGGACCAGGGUCAGUACAAGUUCAGGUGUCCUGUUAUAGACGAAGACACCCAGGAGACAUGUGGCGCCGUGUGGCCGUAUCAAGAAGUGCGUCGCCUGGCGGAUCUGAGCGUUGAAGAGAUGGAAUACUUUGAAGAGACCAUCGCUCGCCUGGCUGCUGCAGAGUACCAGGAGUUCAGAGAAUGCCCUGGGUGUAAGAGCUACGUUGAAAGAAAGAACCUGACUAACCUCUGCGUUCAGUGCUUGGUUUGCGUUGCAGACCAGAAGAAACAGGUCCAGUUCUGCUGGCAGUGCUUGAAGCCGUGGAAAGGUCCGGCUCCACGCUCUGACCGCUGUGACAAUGACGACUGUAAAAACCAUGACCUGGAGCUGCUCAGGACCUGCGAGACCACAUCCUUCCCUGAGGUCCAGAAUGUGGAGGGCUGUCCCUCCAUCCGGGCCUGUCCCACCUGUGGACAAACAGUGGAGCACGACAGGACGGGCUGCAAGAACAUCAUCUGUCCUCGCUGCCAGGUGGAGUUCUGCUUCGUGUGUCUGAAGCUGACUCCUGAGUGUCUGAAGACCAGCUCCUACUUCAUCCCCUGCAGUGAUGGUGUGGCUCCCAGACAGACAUCCAUACCUGUGUGGCACAGGAAGUAAACCUGUAGAAACUGAUGCUUCCUGUUGAGCUCUUGCUACUGAAACAUGGAGGAAAUAAUCUAAACAAUGUUGCAGUUCUUAUUGUUGAUGUUCAUCAACUGUGAAACUUCUUUAUUCUAUUAAGCAUCAACUGAUAUCUUGUUACGUUGUACAUUAACAAUAAUUUCUUCUUUGGACUCCAAUUAACUCAUGAAACAUAAUUUUUUACUAAAAGUGUUUGACUCUUUCUCAAAGUAGGGCGUUCAUCUUAAAUGGAGAUUUUUUUUAAAAUCAUCUCUAAAAUUAUUCUGUUAAAAUGUUGUGGAAAAUUAUAAUCUGUUAUAUUUGAAACUGAACGUUAAGAGGCUUUUUAUUGUUUUCAAUUGAAAAUACACAGAAAAGUAAAACUGAGAAAUUUGGUGGAUAAAUCACCAUCUGUCUUAGCUUCAUACUUUAUUUAUACCGAUUAAGGAGGAAGUCUAAAAGCUUUCUUUAUAAAUUCACUAAGUGAAAAAAUUAAUUUCCCACCAGAAAGAAAUACAUUUUAUCUUCCCUCAAUGAGACAAAUGAAUCCCUCUAAGACGCAGCUGUCAUAUCUGACAGAAUAAUCUCUGUCAGAUAUGACAGAGAUUAUGCAUUUCUAUCAUAUCUGCAGUGGGAUGCUCUUAAUAUAUGUUCUUGAAGGCAAUUGUGCAAAGUCUGUCUUAGUUCAUGUGUCUUUUGUUUUUAUCUUUUGUAUUCUAAGUUUGGGUUUUGUUUUUAAAGUUUGUUCUAGAUUACUUGAACUCAGCAUUUCUUCUUAGCUUUAAUCCAAUAUUCAGCUAUUUAGUCUGUGUUUGUGAGUUUUCCGUACAACACCAUGAAAUGUUUGUCCUCCCAGGAUGAUGAUUAACUCCUACACACUGUUGGCCGCUGGGUGGCGCUCUGACUCACAAUCCUGCAUUCCCAUAAACUCUGUAAUUCCAAGAAGAGACGAGAUGGUUUUGGUCUCAACAUCAUCACAUGUACAAUAGUGUUAAUAAAUGGUUAACAGGC